AUGUCUUCCACCUGGCGUCGUGCUGCGGUCUUCUCGCUGUUCACCUUCUUCGCGCGCCGUGUCGUGGGUGACAACGCCAUCAACCCGUCCUUCUCCUAUGGUACGGAGACGGUCCGCGGCGUCAACCUGGGAGGAUGGCUCGUCCUCGAGGUGAGGAGCCCGCUUGGUCACUGUCAGCCGCACCCAUGGAUCACGCCCAGUCUCUUCGACAACACCGGCAACGACAACAUUGUUGACGAGUGGACAUUCGGUGAGCUCCAAGACACUGCAACAGCGACGUCGGCCCUCCAAAAUCACUGGAACACUUGGAUCACGGAACAAGACCUGGCAGACAUUGCGGCAGCGGGCUUGAACCAUGUUCGCCUUCCCAUUGGAUACUGGGCAUUCGAAGUCGGGCCCGGGGAACCGUACAUCCAGGGGCAACUCCCAUACCUCCAGAAUGCCAUUGGCUGGGCCGGGAACCACGGCCUCAAGGUUAUCGUAGACCUUCACGGUGUUCCAGGGAGCCAGAACGGAUUCGACAACUCGGGGCAUAGGAUAUCUUAUCCGGAGUGGCAGUCGAACUCUACGAACGUUCAGCGGAGCGAUGCCAUCGUGAAAACGAUCGCGUCAAUGUUCGCCAACAACCCCCAGGUUGUGUCUAUCAUCACGCCGAUCAACGAGCCGGCGGGUUAUGAUGGUGAUCAGAUGCUGGAUGUGCUCACGCAGUACUACUACGAUUCGUACGGAAACGUCAGAUAUCCCUUCGGCAGCUCGGAGGAGAGCAACACGGUCCUACUAAUGCAUGACGCCUUCCAAACUCUCAGCUACUGGUCAGGUUUCCAAACACCCCCCGGCUGGCAAGGCGUCGCACUGGACACGCACAUCUACCAGGUGUUCUCGGAUUCGGAACUCGCUUACUCCGACUCCCAACACAUCUCCGCUGCCUGUGACUACGCCUCGUCCCUCUCCGGCUUCGAUCUCUGGCUCAUCGUCGGUGAGUGGGCGCCCGCCGCCACUGACUGUGCGAAGUACCUCAAUGGCCGCGGCAUCGGCUCGCGAUACGACGGGUCGUACCCCGGGUCAUCGUACGUCGGUAGCUGCCAGGGCCUUACCGGCCCGGCGUCGUCGUUCAGCGACUCGUACCAGACGUUCCUCCGCCAGUACUGGGAGGCACAGACGAUCGCGUUCGAGAAGGGCGCGCAGGGCUGGAUCCAGUGGGCAUGGAAGACGGAGAGCGCCGACGAGUGGUCCUACCAAGCCGGACUGGCGAACGGAUGGAUCCCGCAGAACCCGACCAACCUCCUCUACCCCAACAUCUGCGGGUGAGGUGAAGCUAUCUCAUGGACUAUUGGCUACCUCCUGCACGAUUUUGCACGAACCAACGAACUGAUUCGUUCUUCACAUGUAUCAUGUUACCUUUCAUUACUCACUUCACUUAGUCGAUACUUCAGUACGAUUUGAGUAGUCAGCCUACAAUUGUAUUAGUUUCUGCACGACUCAGGGAUGAUUUUUACGAAUUAUACGAUUAUACCCACGUAUCAUCGCAGUAUGCAAAAUAAGUACUGGAAUACAUAGUGCCACAA